UAGAAACUAAACAAAAACAUAAAAAUCCAUAACCAACAGGAAAAAAGAUUUUAGAGAGAGAAACCAGAAAAAUGUCAGAGAGCGAAAGAUUUUAGAGAGAGAAAGAGAAAAAACGGAGAAAUAGAGCGAAUUUGGCGAGGAACGAACGAUGAUUCACAGUAACGGAAACAAUGGCUACGGUAACGGAGUGAUGACGUCAGCGUCUCCCACAACGACGUCGUUGUCUCCUUCUUCAGCUUCAGCGAAUGGGCAAUCGACGCAGCAGCAGCAAGGGUUGAAGACGUACUUCAAAACCCCAGAAGGAAGGUACAAGCUCCAUUCCGAGAAGACUCACCCUCCUGGUAUUCUUCCUUAUUCCCAUGGCAAAUCAGUUUCUCAGAUAACUCUAGCGCAUCUCAAGGAAAAGCCUACACAAGCUGGGUCAGCGUCGAGCUCGGGUGCGAGCACGAGUAGUGGAGUUAGAUAUGCUGCUGCAAGGCUGUUAGGGGUAGGGGGUGGGAAUGGCAGUCGAGCCCUUAGUUUUGUAGGAGGGAAUGGCACGAGUAAAGCCGCUAAUGGAACUAGUAGAAGUAGUUCAUUGGCAGCGUCAAAUGGUAGUCACUCUAUGCUUAAUUCGAAUUAUGAUGGUAAAGGGACAUAUAUGAUAUUCAAUGUUGGGGAUAGUUUAUUUGUCAGCGACCUCAAUACACAAGAUAAGGAUCCUAUUAAAUCGUUACAUUUUAGCACUUCAAAUCCUAUCUGCCACUCAUUUGAUCCUGAAGCCAAGGAUGGACAUGACUUGCUUAUAGGAUUGAACUCGGGAGAUGUUUACUCAGUGUCUCUGAGACAACAAUUACAAGAUGUUGGGAAGAAGCUUGUUGGUGCCCAACACUAUAACAAGGAAGGUUCGGUCACAAACAGCCGAUGUACCAGUGUUGCAUGGGUUCCCAAAGCUGAUGGUGCUUUUGUUGUUGCUCAUGCUGAUGGAAACUUGUAUGUGUAUGAAAAGAGUAAGGAUGGUACCGGUGAUACUACAUUUCCAGUUGUAAAGGAUCAAAAUCAGUUUUCUGUGGCACAUGCAAGGUCCAGUAAGAGUAAUCCAAUUGCUAGAUGGCAUAUCUGCCAAAGUUCAAUCAACGGCAUUGCUUUCUCUACUGAUGGUGCAUAUUUGGCAACUGUUGGUAGAGAUGGAUAUCUACGGGUAUUUGACUACCAAAAAGAACAACUAAUAUGCGGUGGAAAAAGUUAUUAUGGUGCUCUUCUAUGUUGUGCCUGGAGUAUGGAUGGAAAAUACAUCCUGACAGGUGGUGAAGAUGAUCUAGUUACAGUUUGGAGUAUGGAAGAUCGGAAGGUAGUUGCAUGGGGUGAAGGGCACAACUCAUGGGUAAGUGGAGUGGCUUUUGACUCGUAUUGGUCAUCACCAACAUCGGAUGGCACAGAAGAAAGUGUAAUGUACCGGUUUGGUUCUGUUGGUCAGGAUACACAGUUGCUUUUGUGGGAUUUAUCAAUGGAUGAGAUCGUAGUACCGCUUCGCCGUUGUCCACCUGGUGGGUCCCCCACUUUCAGCACCGGAAGCCAAUCAUCUCAUUGGGACAGCAUUUGCCCAGUGGGCACUCUACAACCUGCUCCAAGCAUGCGAGAUGUGCCUAAGCUCUCCCCAUUAGUCGCCCACCGUGUUCAUUCAGAACCCUUAUCUGGCUUAAUUUUUACUGAGGAAUCUAUUCUCACCGCAUGUCGGGAAGGGUAUGUAAAGAUUUGGGUGAGACCAUCAAAUUCUGAAAGCCAAUCAAGCAACCCAGAAAUUCCUGUAGGUAAUAGUUCAAAGGAGAUACCGCCAGUGCCAGGCAAAACUGGUGCCUCUAGUUACAAGUCUGUACAUCUGUAAGAUAACACGAGAAGUGUCUUAGUUGGUGUUUCACGGCUAUAUGUUGUUCCCGCAAUACCCAAUUGGCCUCUGUUCUUACAUGAUUGCCGAUGUUUUUGA